UAAAUUAAACAAAUAACAAAGAUUGUAAGAACCAAGAAAUUUAUGUCAGUAUUGAAAUAUAUAUUAAAAUAUUAACAACAUGAUAUUAGCGUUACUUUUUUCAAUAGCGGGAUAUUCCCCAUUUAUAUUUGUUGCAAGAGAAGCGGUACUAACCCAAGAAAUGUGUACUGCAAAUGGAGUUCCUAAUUUGUAUCAACCAGUACAGAAUGAAUACAAAGAGGCAGCAAAGUGCAGUACGACUGAUUUGUUAUUACGACUAAUAAAAGGCGAUGAUUUAAAUGCUUAUUAUAAAAAUAAAUGCGCUGCAAGAUCGAACUCAAAAAACUGCACUGCAAAAGCACUUUUUCUAUCAAAACAAUGCUUAAAUACGCAAAAUAUUAAACACAUAGAAACAUGGGAAAAAACUGAUGAACAACUGCUUGAUUAUAUAUGCAACAACUACUAUGAAAACUUAUCAGCAUUUGAUCAUAAAGAAUUAAAUUGCUGGGAAGGUAUUAACAAAGCAAUAAGACAUAAUUGUUCCCAAAAAAUUUACAAGGCGAUGCAUACCGGAUCAUAUCUUAAUAGGAACGAAUUUACUCAUAGCGACUUAGAAGAUUUCGAAAUGUGUUUGAGGAACCAAUUUCCAAAAUAUUGUAGUGAACAAAUUAACGAUAUAGUUUUGACUGCAAUAAAAAUAAUAGCAAGCAAUCUUGACGAAACGACCACUGAUCAUAUAAAUGAGCACAAGAGAUUACGAAGAAGUGUGAUUUUGCGAAGAAUUGUACGUGAAAUUGGAGUGGCCAAUAAAUUACACAAAAUUGAGCAUAAAGUAAAAAACUUAUGUAUUUCAAAUGGACAUGCUUCUAAAAAAUUGGAGGAUACUUUGGAAAAAAUGAAGAAAUGUACCGAAGAAAAGCAAAUGUUUUUGGUACCCAAACAUGAAUAUUUACACCAUAUGGAAAAAUGUAGUAAUGAAUCAAUUGAACUUUUCGAAUCAUGUUUACCGGAAAAAUACAAGUACCUUCCACCAUUGUUUUUUAAAAUAGUGGAAUCCAUGAUUAGUUUUCUAUACGAUGAUUUUAUGAUUAUAUCAUCUGAAUUGGGACCCUGCAUUCCAAAACUGAAUAGUAAAGAAAGCACCGAAGAGUACAAUAAGUGUGUUGACAAAAUAUUGAUUGAAGAUGAAUUGGUAGAUUCCAAAGAAAAGUUUUGUCAACCAUCAGAAAAGUAUAAAUAUAUCUAUUUAGUAUCUAUAUUAAGUUCUCUUUUAGCCAUGUUGUUACAAACUGGUGGACUGGACUCUGCGCUUUAUAUUUUUUUGGGAAUCGUUCAUAAUGUAUAUUUGCCAUCUAUAAUUAGCAGCCAAGGAAACCGCACCUGUAAUGAUAAAAUUAUAGAACUUGGGAACGCUAUGGAUAGAUGUUAUAUUAAUGAAACAGGGCAUAGUGAAUUUGACAUGAAUGUAUACGGCCGGAACUCAAUUCCUUACCAAAUGGUACUAAAGAGGUGUUCUGUAAAACCUCAUUUAGAUGAUUGCCUAGACAGUAGUAUAUCAGUAUAUCAAGAUUGUUUAAAUUCUACGCAUCGUAAUGGAAUUGAAGUAUGGAAAAAAAUAGAUAAGGAAGUUGCUGCAUACGUAUGUAACGAUAAUGCUCAAAUUGCAAAGGAUCUCUUCGAAAAAAGUGAAGAUAGCUGUUGGAAUACAGGAAUUACUGGUGUACUAAGGAAAUGCCUUUUAAAUUAUACAAAUCCUCUUCCCCUCUACGAUAUUCAAGGAAUUGGUAAACAGUGCAGUCAACUGGACGAUUUAGAAUUUUGUUUUGAGAAAAAUGAAUUGUCGAAUUGCUAUCAAAAUAUAUCCACGAAGAUUAUGAAAAAAAUAAUGGGAACACUAAAAUCUCAUUUGUGCAAAAACAAUUAAUUAAGGAUAUUUUAACAUUUUGAAAUAUUGUUCUAGUUACGUUUUCAAUAAAUUGUAUAUUGUA